GCGUCUUUGAACCAGAGAAACACUAAACACUGCUGCAUUUUUCAUUGGCAGGAGAGGUUGUAAUAUAAUUGGCAUAUAAGUGCUGGAUUUCGCAUAUUUUCAGGCGUUGACUUUAUUCAUCCCUAUAUGUAUGUGUGGUAUGUCAAUGCAUAAACCGCACUGAGUGAAAGGACGGCAUCCAUGGGGCGCUGCGCUUCGAAGUUUGUUUGAAAUGUUACAGUUUGUUAGAUGGCCUUUAACUUAUGUGAGCGUCAUAAUGGUAUAAAGUCUAUAUGGUGGAAUCUAGUGCAGAGCUAAAAAAUAAAUUAAAAAAGUGGGACCAUCCCGCCCGGAAUCGAGUUUAACACCCCCGCCGUCACAAUUGAUGGAGAGAUUUGUCUCACAUUACUGUUAACAGGAGAUGACAUCUGACUCUCAUUUUGAAGUCGCCCAUUCGUCUUCCACAUCGCUUACCCAGUACGAGGACUGGGUUUAGGACCGAUUAGAAGUUAAAGCAUACGGCGUAUGGACCCAGCGGAACUCUGCUUAACUCCCUCCCUCCCCUUUGCGCUUCUUUGCCUUAAAACCAUAAGUACAUACGGCUACUGCUUAAAUCAAAACUUGAAGCUGGAGAGAUGAGGCUGGCCGGGGUCUUGCUUUUUCUCUGUGCCGUGCUACACUUGUUCGAAUGGAGUAGUUCAGCUUUAAUCGCCGUUGGACACAAUUCAACGGCUCCCAAGCCUGGUCAUUGUCCCAAGCGCUUGACGGUGAUUCCGUCUAAACGGGCGUGUUCUGGGGACUCCGACUGUCCGGCCCUGGACAAGUGCUGCACCUUCAGCUGCGGGGCCGUCUGCGUGCCGGCUGCUUUCACUAAGCCAGGGGUGUGUCCGCGCCGGAAGCGGGGCUCCGGGAUGUGUGCAGAGUUCUGUGUCGACGACAGCGACUGUCCCAAAGCUGAGAAGUGCUGCUAUAACGGAUGUGGCCACGAAUGUGUCGCCCCUUACACAGUAAAACCAGGCAGCUGCACCCGCCCCAGUGGGACCCCGAUGUGCGCGGAAUUCUGUUACCAUGACGGCGAGUGUCCGGAUGAGCAGAAGUGCUGCAGAACCACGUGCGGUCACGCCUGUAGCGACCCCUGCUGAUAGAUUGAGGGACCUGCUUCCAUUACUUGAACCCGCUCCACUUCUGUACACUCAUAGCGCUUAUCUGCUUCAUUUGCUGUUUUCCAUGGUUUUACAUGUAUUUGUACUAGGGUCAAUAAAAUGUCAUGGCUAACCAGGAGUCUUUGCAUUA